UCUGAACACACAAAUUACCUUACAAUGACUUUGUAUUGUAUUUCCAGAUUAAGGAAAUUAAAGUAAAAAAUGAUGAAACUUAAGAAAAGUAUCAAAUGCCUGUUCAGAAUGUUAUUUUUAUUAUUAAAAAGAUCUUUUUCCAACCCGUUCUUUUCGCGCAAUGACGCAGUUGAUGUAAACGUGGCUGUAAGUACUGAAACAGGACUGAUAACACCAAUUGUAUUUAAUGCAGAUACUAAAGGUUUAAUUGCAAUAAGCACUGAUGUUGAAGAACUUGCCGCUAAAGCCCGCCAAGGUAAACUGCAACCUCAUGAAUAUCAGGGAGGUACAUUUAGCGUUUCAAAUUUGGGAAUGUUUGGUGUUAAAAGCGUAUCCUCGAUAAUUAAUCCUCCUCAAUCGUGCAUACUUGGUAUUGGUGGUAUGAUUCAACGGCUAGUACCAGAUAAGACAAAUGGAACCUGUGCACAAGAUACACUUCAAGUUACACUGAGUUGUGAUCACAGAGUUGUAGACGGUGCUGUAGGAGCACAAUGGUUACAAGCAUUUAGGCGAUAUGUAGAAGAACCACAUAAUAUGCUUCUUUAAGACCGACUCGUCUCAAAAGCAAUUCAGUCAUAAAAUGUUUUCUAUAAUAUAAUUUAUC